UCAUGCUUAAAUAUGAGUAUUUAUGAUUUUAUUUGUAAUCUUGACCGGCAUGAACCGGCACAAAUCGGUAUGUGCCACCGGUCGAACCAUUCAACUUGCUAAACCGACACACUUGCAUAAACCGAUUUGACAACCUUGCUUUUGACCCUAACUCUCUCUGGUCUUGUUUUUGUGGGAAAUUUGGUUUGAACCAGCUGGUCAAUCCCAUUCGUUUUCAAUGGAGUCUAGGGCCGAUCGUAACACCAUUGCAACGGUUAAUCAACAGUAUAAUUUAUAGCUGAAAAGUAAAACUGCACCCCCCAUUCAAAAUUUCCUGCCCAUAGAGUGAUUUUAGGAAGCUGAUGUGGCAGAGUGUUAAGCGGGGAAAAAAGGAGUCCCGCCUGAUUUCAGAAUAAAAAAACUCUCCACUACCCACUUUUUUCUCCUUCCACGCCCACAUUCUCUUUUUUUUUUUUGCCUGAUUUCAGAACCAAAAAACUCUCCACUACCCACUUUUUUCUCCUUCCACGCCCACGUUCUCAUUUAAUUUGUAUUAAUUUGUAUUUUUUAUUUCCGAUUUCCCUUCCUUCCACUCUUUCCCUUCAUUCCGUUUUCUUUAUUCUCUCUUACCUUCCUUGCUUCAUUCUGUUGAUUGGAUUCUCUAGAGAUCAAAAGGGGAUUUUUGAUUUUUCCCUUUCUCUUGAAAGUAACAAAGCUGCUUACUUUAAAUUCCACUUCGCUUAGACUGUCUUCCAGAGAGCAGCCGACUGCCGAUUUUGAGUUGAGUUUUUCCGGGCCGCAGAGAAAGAAGAGGAAAGAAAGAGACGUUCGGCGGCGGCAGGCGGACGAGAAUUUUGGUGACGAGAUCUUGGGGAAGGUGAUCGGACAUUGUGGUGCCAAGAGAAUCGGCUUGGAAAAGGGGAAACGCGAACACUUUUUUGAGUCUUGAUAGAGACGAGUGGCCAAAAAAUAAGGUCUGCAAGUUCGGCUGAUCGCUCUAAUGGGAACAGGGGAAGGCUUUAAAGAGUUUUAGUAAUUGCAAGUUUGAUCACUCAGCUCAAAAUCGGUGAAAUAAACAUAUAUUUGUGUUUGCCAUUACAUUGUUGUCCUUCUUGCUCUUCCUUUGCAUCCCCAAGCUUGGAAGCCAUUCUGUUAUAUGUGUUUUGUUCAUCAAUUUAAAUUAUGCCUUAUAUAGUUAUAUUUUUCUUCGACUGUUAUGUUUGUGUGGUGUGUUGUAUAUGUCAUUAACUCGCACAAACUUAUAAUUGGUGAGGAGUUCAACUUCUGUUGUAACAAUUAAUUAAUCUACAGUAUCAUUUAUAGUGCAAACACAAAACUGCCUCCCCAUUAAAAAAUCUCUGCCCUUAGAGUGAUUUGCGGGAGCUGAGCUGGCUGCGCAUUUGGGGGCAACUUUUUUCUCUCCUUUUUGGAACCAUAAACGUGUUCCUUUCUCCCCUGAAACCACCGGCGAACUCAACAAAAGGAUUUUUUCUCCCUGGGGACGAUUGGUAUGGGCCCCUUUUCAUUGUGGAAGAGGAUGAUAGGGCAGGGGCUUUUUGGCUUCUUCUUCCUUCUCUUCCCCAUUGAAUCGAAGGCAAAGUUGACAGGAGCGGUUCCGAUCUUCUCCGGCAGGGUCAUUCUGGACAGAGGAAUAGGGGGAGGGUUGGAAGGUUUGGGGUUCGUUUAUGGGGUGGGUAGGCGGCGAAUUGAGGAGCGAAGACAACGACAAAGAAGUAGAAGGUUGCGGAGGAGGACACAUGAGACGACGGCGAAGAAAAUGAUGCUGAUAUUGUCCGAGUUCGUUGUACAUUCCCUCCAUGCCAACAACAAGUUUCGCCAUCGGCAACUGCUGUCCCUUUUAAUUUUUCCAGCGUUUCUUUUCGGUCGUUCGUUAUGUGAUUACCUGAUUUCUGCUAUGGUUAAUUUCUGCGCUUUUGUUAUCUCAAAUCAAUGAAUCUGCUCAGUUAUCUGCUGCUAAAACAUACUGCAAACCUCCGCUUUAGCGGCGGUGGUUCAACUGGGCACAAUUGUGUCAUUAACAAGGGCAUCUAUCAGCGACUGUAGGACUCCAAUUUCUCAAGACUGCUAUGUUCUGUGUAUUUGUCCCUUCCUUUCCCAUCAAUAGUCACACCAUUUUGUUGGUUUAUAAGGUCAUUUGCUAAAAAUAGAACUUAAUCAUAGUCAAGUUACAUCCUUUUUGUUGGUUUGUAUGUGAGUUAUAUUUUAGCUAAACUGAUUUGAGUUAUUUUUUUUGCUGAACUGAAAGGGUGUGUUGCACUAGAGAAGGUUGUUCCUGCUACAACUCAAAAACCAGAACUGUGGUUGGUUCAUGUCACAAGGGAACUGGUUUAUGAGAAAUCUUACAAGAAGAGGGAUAGGCCGAAGUUGGUAACAGAGGUUUUGUGUCAAAAACUCCAAGAAUUGGGUUGGAAUUUCACAAGUGCGGUUGUGAUUUUUCUGCGGUGGAUCAUCAAGAAGGAACUUAUGGAGACACUCUGACGCAACAUGAUUGUAUUAUGGUGGUUUCUUUGUGAUAGAUAGGAUGUUCUUUCUCUAUUUCAGUUACUGUAAGAAUGAAUGAGAGCUUUGUAGAGCAAUUAUAUAGCUUUCUAAACACUUCUACUGAUCUAAGAAUCUAUAAUCAUUUGCCCGCGAAAUCAUGGAUACGGGAAAUUUUAACAGCAAGAACAUGUUCCUUUUCUUUUAUGCCCUAAUGUUAUGUACAUUUGCAGGGGUUUUAAAAUUUAAAUUUUUUUUAGACCCUUUCAGAACUUUCUAAAAUAUUUUCAAUCGAAGCCAUUUUAGGUUGGACCAUAUUACUUAGACACUAGAGACAUAUUCGGUAUUUGAUGCUUUAUAUUUUAUUUGAAAUUAGCGAUCUACACUAUAAUUAAUAUUCAAACGAUCUAAGCAAAAUACAUGUGGAAUCAAUACAAUUUUUCAUGUGUUCGCGUAAAGUAAGGCUAAACAGAGUUAACCUAAUUCGAGUUUUCACAAUUAAUCCUUAGCCCACUUGCUUGAAUGCGUCAACAGUUUAAAACAGGUGACAACCUUGAUCAUAACUAAUUAUAGUAAGCAAAUUUGUUGUGUAUUUCUAAAUCUACUAAAAAUAUGACAGUGGAGUUUCACUCUUGCGGUAGAGCACAAAAAUGCGAACUUGGAGGAUUUCGAACGUGAAUUAUAAUAAGUUGGAGGGUGAAUCAUGCAGAGAAAUUCACGAAUUAACUUAUGCGGUCGAAAGUAAACAAGAGGAUUUCACUAGAUAAUGGCGUAUAUAUGGACAUGGUAAAUGAGAGUCGAAGUGGAAAAUAAUUGACGAAAACAUAAGGUAUCUGCAAGGUUCAAAUCAUUUGGUGAGUGAUAUGCUAAUCACUAAUAAUAUAUUAUGGAUAUGUAGAAUUUAAACUAUUUAUAGGCAUUGUGAACUCAAUCUGUCAACUUGAUAAGAACUCAGGACUAUUGAAAGAAAUAAAUUCGAUGAUAUUAUUGAGUUGACCACUGAUCUACAAAUUGUUGGACGAGUACGAUAAUUUGAUAAGAACUCGGGAGAUGAUAUGUUUUUUAAAGGAAGGGAAUGAAGGGUAAAAUGGGGGUUAAUUGCAUGGUUGGUCACUGAGAUUACAAAAAGCGUUCAAGUUUGGUCACUCGAAAUAUUUAAAUCCAUUGGUGGUACUUCAGUUUACUGAAACCGUUUACGUUUGGUCACUCUCCGUCUAACUCCGUUAACUUUUGCUUAUGUGGCAGUCAACUCUAAAAGUUGACCGUUAAAUGUGUGACGUGGCAAUUAAAAAAUAAUUAAAUAAAUAAAAUUUAUUUUU